CUCUCCCCCUUUCUGCUUCUGAAGGACAAUCCAAUGGGUUCUGUAGUUAAAUGACUGAGAGGCUUGCUGCUGCCGUGCUGUCUUAACGCUUUCCCUUCUCUCUCUCUCUCCCUCCACUCUCUCUCUUUCUCUUCCUCUCUUUCUCGCUCCCUCCACUCUCUCUCUCCCUCUACUCUCUCUCUCCCUCUCUCUUUCCCCUCACUCUCUCUCUCCCUCUACUCUCUCUCUCCCUCUCCUCUGAAUGCCAGCCCCCAGCGUAGUCGCUGGAGAGUGGAAGCGGUUGCGGGUGUGGGGGCGGCGGCAGCAGCAGGAGGAGGAGGAGGAGGAGGAGGAGUGUAGGAGUUGCUCUUCGUCCCGGCGUUCCGUGUGGCUGUCCCAGCGGAGGAUGUGAGCCGGUGGGACCGUUCCCCUCUUCUCUCUCCAGCCGGAGGCGUGAAAGUUUGCGGUGGGACCGGACGGCGCUCUGCCCGCCUGUCGGGAGGGUGUUUAAAAGCCUGGAGAUGGGAAACUGCUCUCACUCGCCCGUCUGGAACCUUUAAUUACAUUUUUAAGCAACGCCUUCUUUCACGUUGAUUUUUUAAAAAUUGGGUGAACUUUCCCACGGUGCUCUGGGGCUGGACGUGUUCCUGGAGGAGGCGGAUGGAGGCUUCCUAACAUGUGAUUUUUGGGGUUUUGGAAAAAUUACGUUUGUUUUGCACAUAGCAAAAGUGGAUUAACUACCCCCUCCCCCCCCCUUCCGCCCCUGGUUUUCUGCUGGGAGGGGGCACUGCCUGUACCUGGGGGGAGGAGUGUCAGGAGGAGGGGGCGGGUGAAAGAGGACCCCCCCGCGGGCCUGGGGGGCCAUGGCAGCCCUCGCCAGCUCCCUGAUCCGACAGAAGAGGGCAGUGAGAGAGGACCAGACCAGCCGUCCCGUCACCAGCAAGCGCAAGCCCUCCCCCAAGAGCAACAAGUCCCUGUGCCAGAAGCAGCUCCUGGUGCUCAUCUCCAAAGUGCGUCUGUGCGGAACACGGAGAGGAAGGACAGAGAAGAGACCCGAGCCGCCGCUGAAAGGCAUCGUUACGCGGCUGCACUGCAGACACGGGUUCGACCUGCAGAUCCUGCCAGACGGCACUGUGAGGAACCGCGACGAGACAGCCUUGUAAUCGUCCCUCUCCCAGUUUAACCUGGUUCCAGUGGGUCUGCGCAUAGUGGCCAUCCAGGGGAUGGAGGCAGGGCUGUAUCUGGCCAUGAACAGCGAGGGAUACCUGUACACCUCCGAGCACUUCACGGCGGAGUGUAAAUUUAAGGAGAGUGUGUUUGAGAACUACUACGUGACGUACUCCUCCCUGCUGUACCGGCAGAGCCAGUCUGGCCGGUGCUGGUACAUCGGCAUCAACCGGGACGGCCAGGUCAUGAAGGGGAACCGCGUCAAAAAGACCAAGGGCGCCGCCCACUUCCUUCCCAAAGUUAUCGAGGUGGCCAUGUAUAAGGAGCCUUCUCUGCACGAGCUGGCAGAGCAGAGCCCCCCCAGGAAGACGGUGAAGACGGGCGACUCGCCCUCCCCGCCAAAACCAGACUCCUCGUAGCCGGGGGAACGCCACUGCAGCUACCCACCAUGCACUGGGGCAGCACAGCCCGCUCCACGGGGCUCCAUGCGCCAAAAAGGCUCUGAUUGGCUGAGAGAAUCAGCCAUGGGCAGGGCUGGGAUUGGGAUUGGCUGAGAAAAUUAGCCAGAGGCAGGGCUGCAAGGGUCAUCAAAUCACCGGGAAGUUUAGGCGAGACCCGUGAACUGUCUCCAGUCACCUUUCAACUUUCACACCAAGUUCUGCUGCUCUCAGGGUUGCCAUGGGAAUCAAUAAUCUCCCACCAGCCAGACAGCCUCCUAUUUCAAUACCAAACAACCCGCUCCCCCACUCCUGUUUCUCCUGCUCCUCAAACCCGUUCUCCCUCUGCAUGCCGGCACUUGCACCAGUGUUCCAUAUGACAUCACAAUCACCUUUGUGAGCUGUUUAUCGCCGUGGCGACCCCUCAGGGCCAGCCCACAUGGCUGUGCGUGGAGAGGCCACGUUCCAGCAUUCCUGAACUGAGCGCGGUAACCACGGCGAUCUGGCAGUGCACUUCCUGCUGAUGGGAGGUUCUGAGAGUGGAGAUCGGAUCAGAACAUCCCGGGGUACAGAGAGAGGCUCCAGAACAAACACACACUUCCACCCCCCCCCCCAGCCCACCCCCAGCUCACUCAGGGAGAAAGGGAACAGGGAAAUCAGAGACUAAACCUUAUAAACCUCUGUCAUCUUCCCCAUCUCCAUUUCCUCCUUACUGCUCUCUUUCUGUCAGGUGAGCAAGUGAGAGAAGGGAAGAGAGGUGUGCGUGUGUGUGUGUGUGUGUGUGUGUGUGUGUGCGCGCGUGCGUGUGACAAUUUGAGAAUAUUUCUCUCUGUUUUCAGUCCUGUAUGAAAAAGUCCUAUAUGCUAACAUGCACUGGCUGUUGAUAGCUAUUUAUAUGAUUAGACAUGUACGUUUGUUUAAAUGUAUGUUUGUAUAAAUAAGCUUCACAAAUAUGCAGUUUCAUGUGGCAUGUGCAAGCAAGCUCAAACCGGUGAGGUUGCAGGUUUGAUUCCCGUGAGAGGCACUGCCAUCUCCUGGGGCUUCACGCACAGAAUCUGCACGGACUUCGUACAAAUUUUUAUCAUACAACCAGUAACUAAACUGUGCGUACGCGCGAUUGCUAAACCACACCCCCAGUCACACACGGAAGAGAUCAGCCCCCUUGCUGUCGAGGGAAACGAUCAAACAAUCAAGCGUGCGGUGGAUCUAGGGAGGAGCCACAAGCGGUGUGCGGGUGCAAACAUGUGAGGGGGGCAGGUGUGUACCUGCUGCCCAGCGCUGCCCACGCCCCGUAAAGCUCACACCGGCAGUUGGCAUGACUCGUUCUUUCCUGAAAGUGCAGCAGGGCGUGCAAGAGGCUGUGGUUUUCCACGCAGC